AUGGGCCCCGAGCUAGGAAGCGGUCAAGAAAGCAGCGUCCAAGCAGACGCCGUUCCAUUAUCCUAUCUGCCACGCAUUCGGAUCUGUAUUUUGCAGCAAUCUCUUCCUCCUCCCAUCUCAAAAGGAAUCGAUGAGCUAGUUCGGCACCAUAUUCGACCAGAUGUGCUCUACCUUCAUCGGGGCAACUCGCCCCUACCCGCCAAUGGCCUUCCAAACCACAACGGAGGCCGCACCUCAUCCUCUGCGCCUGUCUGGGACUGGAACCUUCAAUUCACCGAAUUUACCGCAAUAGAUCCCUUGACAUGGACUUCUUCCACCUCAUUCUCUAACUUCGCCUCCUCCUCCGAUGCUUCACGCUCACAGCCAGUCAAUGCACCUUUCAUCAUCAACAUUACCUACCAUCCUGCCUCCCCGCAUCACGCCUACCGAGCUCUCGGGCACAUUCUUGGUGUCAGCAAGGACAUCCUCUCCCUAAUCUCAAGCUCUAUCUCUGAACCUACGCCGCUACACCCUAAUCUGUUCCCCCAAAACCACAGCUCAGGAUACUACCUCUCGCCCUCAAUUGCCAACAACAAAUUGAACAUCACGCAGAAAUCCGACUAUGAGACAAUCGGCACCAUGAUCGACUGUUCCCGAAAUGGAGUCCUCAACGUCCGUUCCAAUAAAUAUCUCCUCCGCACUCUCGCUCUUCUUGGGUAUAACAUGCUCCAGCUCUACACCGAGGACACGUACGAGAUCGACGGAGAACCUUUCUUCGGUUACCUGCGUGGUGGAUACACCCACACCGAGCUGCGAGAGAUUGACGACUAUGCGGCUAUGUUGGGAGUUGAAGUCAUUCCGUGUAUCCAAACUUUAGGACAUUUGGGUCAGAUGUUGCAAUGGCCCAGAUAUCUGGCGUUGAGAGAUACAGCAGAAGUGUUGCUUCCGGAGUGGGGAGAGACUUAUGUUAUGUUGGAGAAGAUGAUUCGUGCUGCCACAUCGCCUUUCCGCAGCAAGAAGAUUCAUUUAGGGAUGGAUGAGACUCAUGGACUCUCCCAGGGGAGGUAUUACUCGAUUUUUGGUCAUGCGAACAACAAACCAAGCAGCCAAGUGUUUGUCGAGCAUUUGGAAAAGGUGAAUGACAUAUGUAAGGGUAUGGGGUUAGAGCCGAUGAUUUGGAGCGAUAUGCUCUUCUGCCUAUCAGCGAGGAAUAAUAGUUUAGUGGGGUACUACGAUUCGGAGCAACCCUUGGAUGUGAAGGAGCAAGGUUUGCCGGGUGGGAUAGAUCUGGUUUAUUGGGAUUAUUACCAUACGAGUGUGCAGAGCUAUGAAGGUAGGAUAAGGAAUCAUGAACAGUUGAGGGGUGCAAGUCCUUGGUUAGCUGCUGGAAGCUGGACUUGGUCCAGGUUUUGGACUGCUUUGCCGUUUACAUUUCAGACUAUUGCGGUAAAUUUGACGGCUGCGAAGAGGAGUGUAGGGGUGAAACAUGUAUUUUUGACGAUUUGGGGAGAUGAAGGAAAUGAAGUGGAUUUGUGGAGUUCGUUGCCUGCUUGGGUGUACUAUGCUGAUCACUGCUACACAACGACCUCCUCUGUGGAGGGUGGAGAAAGGGGGUUGGAAGUGGGGAUGGUGAAGGCCAAGUUUGAUGCAAUAGUGGGUGCGAAUUGGGACGACUUUAUCCAAGCUUCUUCUAUCGACGAUACGAGUAAGGAUGGGAAUAAGUUUGCGGAGGACGAUAAGAUUCAUUUUGCUCCCAACACGAGCAAGUGGAUGCUUUGGAGCGAUCCGGUGCAUAGCUUCGCGGAGCCAACAUUGGUUGCAAGUGGGUUCGAUGCUGAAUCGCACUACGCCGGCCUAGCUGAAACGUUAGGGGAACGGGUGGAGGGUGUGACUCUGUCGAACCCGCUUCAGCACCACAAUACACUUGUUGUCCGAUCCACACAGGGCAAAGAGGAAAAGAAAGGACUCUUUGGUGCAGCUGCUUCGCUUCUUUCCUCCGUUACAGGCACAAGCGAGGGUGGGGGGAUGAAAACAAUUCGAAUUUUAGCGGAUCACCCGUUCAACGCUCGACUCGAACUUGCUCGGCUACUCGCCCGGACUCUCUCGUUGAAGGCAAAUCUGAGGCAGAGGUUGCAUCAGGCGUAUGUAUCGAGAAAUUGGCCUCAGCUGCAACAGUUGAAUCGGAGGACGGGGAGGUGUGCGGACGCAGCGAGAAAGUUGUGGAGAUACCAUAGGGAGGUUUGGAUGUCGAUGUAUAAGCCUCAUGGUUGGGAGACGUUGGAGUUGCGGUAUGGCGGGUUGGUGGCGCGGUUGGAGACGCUGCAUCGGAGAGUUGGGGCGUUUUUGGAGCAUGUGUUGCGGCCGACGACGUUGGGUGGCGGGUUAGUGGGAGAGGAGGAAGGGGAUGGGGAGGAGGAGGAUGUGGUACGGGCGAGUGGGAGGAGGGCUGAUGUGUUUUUGCCCGUUCCGUCAAGUUUUGAUGAGGACGCAGGGGAAAGUGGAAGAAGUUCUUUGGAUCCAGAACAGAGUCAAGAAGGGGAAAGCAGGGGUGAUAGUGGAGAAGAUGGGAGUGAAGACGAUGAUGAUUCGAUGAGAUCAAGGAGAAGGAGGGAGAAUAAAUGGGGUUGGCAAGAGAAAGUGACUUCUUUACCAGAGUUGGAAAAGCCGUUGCAUUUGGUAUAUGGUAGUCCGGAACAGUUGUUGGAUUAUCAUCGUGUUUCGAGGCCUACGUAUUGUUGA